GUUGUACUGCUUUGCUCUUCUUUCAUUUGCUGUUUUCUUCGUUGCCUUUUCGCACCUCGUUGCUAUUCCGCUUCUCACACUAGGCCCCCUGCUCUUGUCGACAGGAGUAGACGUUGCUCUUCUUGUUGCGGCCGCUGCGCUGCUAGGCCGUGUCUGUUCUUCCACCUCCUUUCCUUCUUCUCACUGUUACGAUCGUCUUCUACGCACCUCGUGAGAGCUGAUCGCUUCUUCUCCUCCUUCUGUGGAGUCCGCUGUGAGAAUGCCCGCUGAGAGAGAGAGGAAGGAAACAGAGUAGUGAGGAACCUUCUCGUUCGUAGCGUGAGAGUGCACUCCUCAGGGCUUUUGUGUUUCUGCACGUCACCUCGCGGGAGUCGAACGUGCUGAUGGGCGAAGAGAGAGCCCCUCUGCUGUGCACCACGGACCUCGUGGCCCCUGAGACACAAAUCGCACUGGACGAUGGCGUCUACAGCACACCGCAGGAGAUCAGCCGCGGCGUGACCUACACCGGCAGCGUCACGGCGCACACCUUGAGCGGCGACGGCUGCCUCACCUGCGCUCGUGGCUCCUACAGCGGCACCUUCCACCAAAACAAACUCACCGGCAACGGCCGCUUCAGUGGCGGUGCAUCCGCAGAUACGCUGCGCAGCACCGGCGUCGCGACAUCGCCGUCCGACGUACCACGCGGGGCGGUGCGGGUCCACGGUGCGACCACCUCCGCUGCGCUCGCUGCCCUCUCGGAAGCAGGUCUUGACCCCACCACGGUUGUGUCGUACGACGGAGAAUGGAGGAACGGCGUCCCGCACGGCCACGGCGUGAUGCGGUGGGACAGCGGGGACACGUACGAGGGCCUCUUCGACGGCGGUCAACCACACGGUAGCGGCAGUGGAAGCAACGGCGGCGACGGCGUCAACGCUUUCACCUUUGCGGAUGGGAGUGUAUACACGGGUGAGUUCGAUCACGGCCUGCGUAACGGCCGUGGCAAGAUCGUAUUGCCCAAUGGGGACGUCUACGAUGGACAGUUUGUGCGGGGCACCGUGACAGGGUUCGGCACCAUCACCUACGAGAACGGUCCCCGCGUCUACCGCGGGUUGCUCGAGAACGGUAGGAAAAUUAAAGGCACGCUGCGCUUUCCGGGUUCGCUGCGCGGGUACGACGGGGAGUGGCAGGACGACGUGCCGCACGGGUCGGGCUGCAUGACUUUUGCAAACGGAGACUUCUACAAGGGCGACUUCGCGGCUGGCGAGCUGAACGGUGUGGGGUGCUUGUGCUAUCAGCACCCGGCGGGUAAGGUUUACUAUGGGCAGUUUCUGCGUGGGCAGCCGUGCGGCCGCGGCUACAUAUACGAGCCGGAGGCGACGCAGAGCGCCGACAGUCUGACAGAGCCGCCGGUAGCAAAGGUGACCGAGAGUUACUUCCAAAGCGGGCAGGCGGUGCAAGAGUCGGAGACGGCGGUGCGCGACGCCGUUGUCGAGGCCACACGCGGUCUGCGCAUGCCGGAGGCGACACCGCCGAGUUACUCAACGCUCCUUCAGCAGCGGCCCGUCACCACCACCGCUGCGGAGGUGGCUAUCCCUCUUUUGCAAGUCGAGAAUGAUUCCGCUGCGACUGCAUUUGGAAGUGGCGUGACAUCGAGCUCGCCUGCGGGCAACUCGAUGAGUACUUCGCACCCAAAGGCGGCGGAGGACGGAGGAGAGGCAGACGAAGACGAGGAGGAGGAGGUCAGUCUCUCCGCCGCGGGCGACGAUGUGGACGUGGACGUGGAGGAUGCGGAGGCGGAAAAGGCCGUGGCGGGGAGCGACGGCAGCCCCGACACGGAUUUGGCAGCGAUGCCGCCGCUGACUUCCGCGCAGGACGGUAGUUGUUGUGGGUGGCUUGCGAAGUGCUCCAUUGGCCGUCACAACCUCAGUCUUAUCUCCACUUGGAAGCGCCGCUACUUCAUUCUUGCCUUGUGCAACGACAGCGUCUGCCUCGGGUACUACCAGGACGAGCAAUGCCGCAAGCCGGUUGGCUUUAUUCGGCUCAACACCACCGACACGCGCAUCGUCACCUGUCCGACCACCAAAACGCACAAGAAAGCCAGCCGUCCGGGCCGCGACUUGUGCGUGAUCUAUCACGAAGACCGCAAGGAAUACAAGCUCCUACUGCGUGCGCACGACGCGACCGAUCAUGAUCGAUGGGCCAUUGCGUUUCGCUCCUUCUUUCUCAUUGUGGAUCGACCGUCGGAUCACCCCAUGCACGCAUUCCAAAGCUGA